GCACAUCUUGACGUUUCAACCACACAACAGGACAGGUCGCAUGUCUCACUACUUCAACACGCAACGGCUGCCUCAACUCAACAUCAAACGAAUUUUUAAUUUCAGGAGGAUGCAAGGAGCUGUCAAACCAAUGAAAAUGGCAAAACUGUGGAUAUUGACGUUAAUAUUAUUUGUUUAACUUGCACCAUUGGAUGUUAAGGGCUUCUCUAUCUGUGCGUAUUUUGGAUAUCUGGAUAUCUUUGGAGAGCAUUCGAAGAAGGAUUAACACUUUUUAAAUCACUUUUCCAACUUGUCGACACCCACUGGAGUAGGACAUCUUCGGGGGGAACAGGUUGCGUCUCAGAGGAUACGUACCGCUUGCAAAGGAUGGCACUUUGGCACACAGUUAUUGUACUACUCAUAACGAUAACUACGCAGGUUUUGGGAUCCGGUGUAUUUGAACUCGAUCUUCAUCAGUUUAAGAAUGAUUACGGUUUGCUGGCGAAUGGCACUACUUGCGCUCCUGACUGCAAAACAUUCUUUCGGGUUUGCCUGAAGAACUACCAGAUAGAGGUGUCUCCUGGUGACUGUAUCUUCGGCAGUGUAGUUACUCCUGUAUUAGGGGCAAACUCAUUCACCAUAAUGGAGGAUGAUACUUUCAGUAAACGCAUUCGCCUGCCCUUCCAGUUUGGAUGGCCGGGAUCUUUCUCCUUAAUCAUCGAAGCCUGGCACUCUUCUUCAGAGGAUCCGUCUUUAGAUAUAAGUAAUCCCGAGAGACUGAUUAGCUUUUUUGCAACCCGAAAACAGUUGGAAGUAGGGGCUGCAUGGUCUCUGGAUGUUCAGACCGGGAAGCAGACAGAGCUAAGGUAUUCUUACCGGUUCAUCUGCAAUGAAAAUUACUACGGCGACAGUUGUACCAAAAAAUGUGCUCCCAGGGACGACCAUUUCGGCCACUACACCUGCGACCCUGACGGGGAAAUAUCCUGUCUCCCUGGCUGGAAGGGAAAAUACUGCGAAGAACCCAUUUGCCUUGAGGGAUGUAGCGAAAGGAACGGAAACUGCUCCAAGCCAGGAGAGUGUAUAUGCAGAACCGGGUGGCAGGGGGCGCUGUGUGAUGAGUGUAUGACGGCGCGGGCGUGUAAACAUGGCACGUGUGAGCGACCAUGGCAGUGCAUCUGUGAGGAAGGCUGGGGUGGGCUGCUCUGUGAUCAAGACUUGAACUAUUGUACCCACCACAAGCCCUGUCGCAACGGAGCCACCUGUAUGAAUACAGGCCAGGGAAGUUACACAUGUAGCUGCCUGCCUGGGUUCACAGGGGUUAACUGCGAGAUGGAGGUCAGGGAGUGCGACAGCAAGCCUUGUCGGAAUGGGGGACAGUGCGUGGACCUGGAGGAGGGCUACAGGUGUUUGUGUCCCAGCGGCUUUGAGGGAGACCACUGUGAGCACAGGUUGCUGACCUGUGCUGACGCGCCGUGCUUCCACAACGGGAGGUGCCGUGACAAAGACAACGGGCGAAGUUACGUCUGCGAAUGUCCAGCAGGUUACACGGGACUCAACUGUGAGAGGAGAGUAGACAAAUGCACAACCCUGUCCUGCGCAAACGGGGGGCGCUGUGUUAUCCGUGGAAGCGCGCGCCUGUGUAACUGCCCGUCGGGAUUCACAGGCCAGCGUUGCGAGAUCAACAUCAACGAAUGCGCCACCAACCCGUGCGCCCAGGGCAGCACCUGUCUGGACCGGAUUAACGGCUACACCUGCGUCUGUCCUCCGAGCUACACCGGCUUCACCUGCGACAGGCCCAUCAACCGCUGCGCCUCGAAAUCCUGCCUGAACGGAGGGACCUGCACAGGAGAUGGCUCUUGCUCCUGUCCCCCUUUCUACAGUGGCUCCCGGUGCCAGGAUUACAACGUGCCUGCAUCCGUUACUGCCAGCCCCACCGCUGGAGAGGAGCCAAGAGAACAUUUCCACUGGCCUGCCGUAGCCCUCGGUGUGGGCCUGGUGGUCAUCUUUGUCUUACUCUGUAUGGUCAUGACCAUCUUCCGCCACAUUCAGCAGCAGAGGAACAAAGAGAACCAGAAUUUAGAGACCAUGAAUAACUUGUCAGACUUCCAGAAGGACAACGUCAUAUCCGCCCUGCUGCUGAAAAACACCAAUAAGAAGGUGGUGCUGGACGUGGACUGCCCAGCAGAGAAGAUGGACUACAAACAGAUCAACUACCAUUCAGAGUACAAAACCUCCAAGGAAUACAAGGACCCGCAGUCACAUGAACAGAAGAAUCACAACUGUGAAAAGCAUUCUGAGAAGAAACCAGCUUUGAGUAGAAUCCACAGUAAAAGACCAGAAUGUAGAAUAUCGACAAUAAGUUCCUCAAGAGAGUCAAUGUACCAGUCUGUGUUUGUAAUAACAGAGGAGAGGAACGAGUGUGUUAUAGCAACUGAGGUAUAAAAACACUAGGAUGUAGGAGCGUCUCCUGGACUGUUUACAGAUAUGGAAAAGAACUGGGAUUUAUUUAAAUGUAAACUGCUGCUCUUGAAAACUUGAUAACUGGAGAGAGGACAGUGAGCUCUAUGAAAAGCAUGAGAACUCAAAAAGCGUCAAAUCCAAGUCUGAAUGUAAGAAUGUAAGAACUUUCACAGACACUCAAAAAAUAAUAGUUAGGCCUCACAUUUUAUUUGGAUUAUUGAUUGAUGAGCUCACAUUCUGUGUACUGUAAGUUUGGAAAAGAGAAAAAAAAAGAAAACGAAAAGGAAAAAAGGGACAUAGCCAUACUGUUGGGAAAAAGGCCACUGAACCAACUCGACAGUCACACACAUGAGGAGACUACGGCUCAUGUGUGGAAGGAAAUAUUUCUUAUUGUGCAUAUUCAACCUUGUGGUGACAAAUAGCCAUUAAUUAAUCAACAAACUGCCAACAAGCCUAUGGGAGAAUCUCCAUACUUCCAUAUAUUUUUUUUUUCGUACCCCGGUGGAGGACCGCUAUGUAUGAGGAAAGGAAAACAGUUUAAGAAAACACAUUUUUAUUUUGUUUUGUUUUGUUUUUUUUGUGCAUGAAAUGAAAUAAUAAAUACUGGAGACGGUUCAUUUUAUAAUAAUGUCUGAGAUGAUUGUCUGUCAGCUUUGUAAAAUGACCAUUUUUGUUUUGUUUUUUUUUUAAAAAAAGCGUAUGCAGUCAAAUCACAGAGCCUUAAUGAUGGUUUUAGGACCUUUAAUGUCUGUGCCCAACUCUUUUUUUUUUUUUUUUUGGCAAUCUUGACAUUGCACAAGUUGAAAUGAAAAAGUGAAACAUGUCAUAUGCAAUAGGAAUAUGCAGUGUGUGAGAGGCAAGAGACAGCACUAUUUCUAAUGUUAUAUUAUGCAAAACACUGUCCCAAGAUGAACACAAAGACGCAUAAAUGACUAUCAUACCAAGGAAGCCUAUUAAAAGCUAAUGACAUUACCGAACCAUUUAUUUUGUUUUUUUUGCUAAUAGUAUUUCACAAGUUAUUUAAGUCUUACAAAGCACUGAUCUUUUUAUGUUUUGUAAAAUUAUUUUGUAUAUAAUGUAUAUUUAUGAGGUGGAAAAGUCAGAAAUGCACAUGUCAUGUCAUGUAUGUCUGUCUGUCUGUUU